AAUUACGUGAUACAUAAAGUUUUAUAGAACAAUGCCUAAAAGCUUAACUAUAGCACAAGAAAAAGCUAAAUUACCACCACAUAGUUGCUUAAUAAAGUUAACCUCUAAUGAAGGUAAUAUUUUGCGAAUUUAUCGGUUAAAAACCAAGUUUUGGUGUCUCACUUGAAACGAAGAAGUUAAUACUUGUUUAAAUGUAACCAUAAAUCCAUUAAUGGUUGAGUGUGAAGUUUUUGGUGACUCCAACAAAUAGAUUCCAAAGAAUUAGCCUAAAGAUGAAGUAUCAACUCCUUUUUUGUAUCAUCCUUUGUGUUGCUUUAAUCGGGGCCUCAAGCACAGAAAAACCUAGAAAACACAAAAAAGUAAGGCGCAUAAUGAAACCAAUCGCGAUUGAAGAAACAAAAUCAGAACCCGACGAUAUUUUCAAAAUCAUGGAGGAAGAUGAAAAAAUCGAUGAGGAUGAAUCAAAAGAAACCGAAACGAUCGAUAACCGAGUUCCUCACGUAGACCCGUGUGCAAGCGUUUUAUGUAGCGCUGGUCGGAUUUGUGAAAUUAACGAGGAAAAUGAACCCGCUUGCGUUUGCAUCGUUGAGUGUCCCGAAGAAACCGAUCCAAGACGCAAAGUUUGCAGCAACUUCAACGAAACUUGGCCGUCGGAUUGCGCCGUUUACCAACAAAGAUGUUUCUGCGAUUUAGGAGAUUCACGAUGUAAAGGAGAAAAUUAUAAACACACUCACGUCGAGUAUUACGGAUCUUGUAGGGAAAUGCCCGAUUGCACUAAAGAGGAGAUGAUUGAUUUUCCGCGCCGUAUGCGAGAUUGGCUCUUUAACGUGAUGAGAGAUUUAGCCGAUCGUAAAGAACUCCCCAAUCAUUUCAUCAAAAUGGAACUCGAAGCGGAAAAUAAUCAGACUAGAAGAUGGACAAACGCGGCUAUUUGGAAGUGGUGCGAUUUAGAUGGACAUCCAGCUGAUAGAUCUGUAUCGAGGCACGAAUUAUUCCCAAUAAGAGCCCCGUUGAUGUCUUUGGAACAUUGCAUUGCUCCGUUUUUAGAUUCUUGCGAUGUCGAUGACGAUCAUCGCAUCGCACUUGAAGAGUGGACGAAAUGUUUAGGGAUAGAGGAGGAUGAUUUCGACGUUAAAUGCGAAGAGUUGGAAGUUCGUUAUCGAUAAGCAAGGAGGAAGUUAAAGGAUGAUUAAGAUAAACUAGCAGAAUAUGAUGGUGCUUAGUUUUUAUGCUUUUAAUUGCAAAUUACUCUAAAUAUCUAUAAAUACAUGUACACUGCCUUUUUUGUAACAAUUAAUUAAUGUACAUUUUUUAACCAUUACUUUAAAUAAAGUUGCCAUAUUAUAAAAAUAA